GCAGAGCCAUAACGGGACUCAGGAAUAUAAGCAGCUGCAGAGCGGAUCUGCAAAUCAGAGCGAAUCACACCGUCAGGCAGACACACAUAUCUCACAGAGUGGAUUAUUUGCUCUCUGUUUUCGUUUUGAGGAGUAAGCAGAUGAGAUGUGGGAGUCCAGUGACCUGAGUGCCAUCCUCACCAGUGCAAACUGGGCCGUGUACCAGCCCGGCACCACUGAACCUGCGGCUGCAGAACCCUGCACUGGCCAGCUGGGCUGCCCGGCCAGUUCACACGUCGGUUCGGUUUACGAUGUACUCGAGUCUGAUAAAUGGUAUGAGAAGCCCCCCCAACACUGGACCAGAGGGAACAUCCUGGAGUGGAUCAGUCAUCACGUGGAGGAGAGCCAGUUUGACGCCCGCGCGCUGGACCUGGCCAGCUGCUCCAUGGAUGGACCAACGCUGUGCCAGCUGUCCCGCGACGCCCUCCUCUCCACCUUCGGAUCGCUGGGGGAGAGGCUGUUCCAGAACCUCCUGGAGCUCAAAGCCCAAUAUGGUGAAGGUGAUUUGAAGAUGACCUGCGACUUCUUCGACAGUUUGUUCGAGGGGUAUCCAGAAAUCUUGAACGUGAGCGGAGGGGACAGCAGUUAUGGCCUCCUGACCUCAGAUGAAAGGUCUGAUGUCUGCAGCUACGCUCAAAAUGGCGUAAAGAUGUUUGGGGAUAUGACACCCUCCAGUGACAAUGGCUACGAAUCAGGACGCACGUCACCUGGCAGUCUGGACAACUCUAUCACAGGGGCGCUGGGCUUCCGGAACCCCAACUCUCCUUCCUCUCUGGGGAGCGACUCUGACCAGGACCUCACCGAGGAACCGUUCCCAAAUGACACAGAGGGAGAGCUGAAGCGACGAAGAGGGAGACCCAAGAAACGCAGUCUUGGGACUGAGCCUGUCAGGGGCAAGAAAAACAAAUAUGCUGCUAGGGGAACACACCUCUGGGAGUUCAUCAGGGACAUCCUGGUCCACCCUGAGCAGAACAACGGCCUCAUGAAGUGGGAGGACCGCAGAGAAGGGGUCUUCAAGUUCCUAAAGUCCGAGGCGGUGGCCAAACUCUGGGGCCAGAGGAAGAGGAACAGCAGCAUGAACUACGAGAAGCUCAGCCGUGCCAUGAGGUACUACUAUAAGAGACAGAUACUGGAGCGGGUGGAUGGCCGGCGACUGGUGUACAAGUUUGGGAAGAAUUCCAGUGGCUGGAGAGACAGAGAAGUGGGUUUCUAUGGAGACUAAGACUAACCCCUGAGGCUCAGAUCGACAGGUCGCCCGGGGAACAGAGGGGAGUGACCCUGCUGCCAAACACAAACACUGCAAACAUCUUCUCACAUAGGGGGGGAGGUGCAGCACAAGACUGUAAGCCAAUUUUUUGGCUAAUGUUAAUGUUGAUGUAUUUAACACGUGUUUGUCCACAAAUUCUCAGAGUCACUGCAGAGUACUGGACAGACUGUAUGAAAUAGUGGGAGACACGUGCUUUCAUCAAAGCAUGGAUGAUUUCUCAGCGUAGAUAGACCCAUGAGACUAACUUAUCACAGACGACUUCAGUUGUCUUAUUUGAAUUAAAAAAUAUGAUUUAACUGUGAAUCAAUUGCUUUUGUUUAGAAAUAAGUACUAUCUACAAUACUCAAUAAAUAUCUAUAAGUGUACAAAUAUGUAUAUAUUUUUGUAUUUUCAUGUGACAUUACACUUUGCAUUAAUGACAUGGCUGUAAUUUGAUUUCUUGAUUGAUUAUAUUUUGUACGAGCUCAUGUAUGAUUUAAAAUGUUGCAUCUUUGUUUUUUAUGGUAAAGUGACUCCCUUAAUAAACACAAUUUCAUGCAAAA